CACGAAGAUGACGAAGCUGUGGCUCAUCCAAGACAGCACCUUCCGGAAGAAGUCCGGUGACCAAACAGGCGCUGGACCGAGUCGGGCCCGUGCACCUGCCCCUGCCCAUGCCCCCGCUCCCGCUCGGGCCUCACUGCAGUCCAUAGCCGAUACACUGAAUCGGCUAACCGUCACCGUGGAUGGCAUGGGCCAGUACCUGGAGAGGAUGGACUCGUCGAUACAACGCCAAGGCCACGACAUGAGGGCGUACUUCCGCGGCAUCAACUACGUCCCGCCGCCCUUUGACAGCACCUUCCUCGGCCAAAACUAUGAAGGCGAGGACGAGAACGACAACUCCUAUGCUCCGUUCUCCUCCCCCGACGAGGCCGACUUUGAGGACGCGGUCGACGGGGAUCCUAUGGACGUCGAGGACGACGAAGAAGACGAUGACACCGAGGAUGAAGACGUCGCUGCCUAGACUCUCCCUUCUUUUCCUUUCUUACUAUGAUUGUUUUUCUUUAAAAUUUCCAUUCCGUUGUAUUCUGCAUCUCCCUUUUCUUAAGCAAUAAAAGUAAACUUCCAAGUUCUAAAGUUUACUUUAAUUCUUUUUGUUAAUGUCAAAAGGGGGAAGAUAUCAAGGUUAUGCACAAAUUGAGGGGGAAUUUUUUAAUAAAUUGGCAUCUAUUCAGGGGGAACUUUUUUUAAAAAAAAAACAAAUCCUCAUAUGCAUAACCUCAUCUCGUUUGCCAUUAUCAUAAAGUUUUACCAUAAAG